AUGGGUGGUACUUACGGAGCAAAGAUCAUUGCUCAGGCCUUGCAUGAUCUGGGUGUGAAAGUCAUCUUCGGCACACCUGGUCUACCGGUCACAGACAUUGCUCAAGAAGGUCUCUAUCUAGGUAUCCGAUUCAUUAGCUUUCGAAAUGAGCAAGCAGCUGCCUAUGCUGCCACGGCAUAUGGAUAUCUCAGUGGCAGGCCAGGAGUAUGCAUAUCUGUUGGUGGGCCAGGAGCGUUCCACGUCUUCGCAGGUGUUCCACAUGCUAUGGCGAACUCCUUCCCAUUGCUAGUGUUGAGUGGCGCUGCAGAAACACACAACUCUGGCAAAGGUGCUUUCCAGGAUGUUGACCAGGUGGCACUCAUGGCACCACAUGCAAAGUUAUCAGUGCGACCUCCUUCGGCGGACGUCAUUCCCAAAUUUAUAAACGAUGCCUACCGAGCAGCAUGCUUUGGACGACCUGGUCCUGCCUAUGUUGACCUACCAGCGAACUUAAUUCUCGGCACCUUCGAUGUUCCUCGCAACCAGUUAAAGCGGAUCACAAGCCCACCAAAGUCUGCAGCGCCUGAAGGCAAGAUUCGAGAGAUCGUUCAGGCUUUAAAGAGUGCAAAGGCACCUUUCAUAGUACUGGGUAAGGGUGCAGCAUUUGCACGUGCUGAGCGACAGAUCAAUCAACUUGUCCAGAGUACUGGCCUCCCAUUUGUGCCAUCGCCAAUGGGCAAAGGCAUUGUCCCUGACUCAAGUCCUAACAACUACUCUGCAGCUCGCUCGACCGCGUUCAAGGAAGCAGAUGUUGUACUUGUGCUCGGUGCAAGACUAAACUGGAUCUUAUCUUUCGGCUUGCCACCAAAGUGGAAUGGGAACGCCAAGAUCAUCCAGGUUGAUAUCGAUCCUAACGAGCUCGGCAAGAAUGGAGGCCAUCCAGAGCUCAGCGUCGUUGGAGAUGUUGGUGUUGUGGUCGACCAAAUCAACUCUGCUCUUGACGGCUGGCAGUGGCAAGGACAAUCGACUGCUUUCUUCAAGAAUCUCCAGGCGGCGAAGUCACGAAACGAGGCGAAAGCAGCGAAGAAAGCGGCGGUGCAGAAAGUGCCAGUGACUUACGAGAGAGCAUACGAAAUCAUCAAGAAGAAGCUGGAUGAGCUAUCAAAUCCCAAGGACGGCGGCAUCGUCUAUGUCUCGGAAGGAGCGAACGCCAUGGACAUUGCAAGGUCCAUGUUCACAAUGGAGCACCCUAGGACACGGUUAGAUGCUGGUACCUACGCUACCAUGGGCGUAGGGCUUGGAUAUGCCAUCGCUUCGUAUGCUGCAUACAACUUCCCAGGUGCUGAAGGCCUGGCAGGUAAACAAGGCUCGCGCAAGAAGAUUGUGGCCAUCGAGGGCGACUCCGCCUUUGGCUUCUCCGGCAUGGAAGUGGAAACCAUGGCGCGCUACUCGAUGGAUAUUCUGAUCUUCAUCAUGAACAACAGUGGCUUAUAUAGAGGUGACACAGAUAAUGCGGAGAGUUGGGAAGAACGACGGAAGAACACGGUCGAGGGCACCACCACUGAUGGCAAGGGUCUGACCGCGUGGUCGCUAGGUUAUCAGACAAAGUACGAAAAGAUUGCUGAGAUGGCUGGUGGCAAGGGUCUGACCGCGUGGUCGCUAGGUUAUCAGACAAAGUACGAAAAGAUUGCUGAGAUGGCUGGUGGCAUUGGUCUCGUGGCGCGCACGCCUGAGGAACUUGCACAUGCGACCGGAGUUGGCUUCAAGGCGAAGGUACCUGUGGUUGUAAAUGUCAUCAUUGACCCACAGGCUGAUCUACCAAUGGACUUCUCGUGGCUGGAUAUGGCACCGCCGAAGCAAGACAAGGCCAAGCUGUAG